CCCCGCCAGAUUCGCUGGCGACAGCCGCCAGCCAGCCCCUUGCGCCUCGGCCAACCGCGAUUCCUGUCACCCAGUUCCUGACCAGUGCCCAGCCACAGAGCUGUCGGCCAGCAGAAACAUGCCGCGCCUCCACGCCGCCGUCGCGGCCCUCCUCCUCCUCGCGGCGGCCGGCAAGGACCCCCGCGAAUUAACGUUAGAGCUCCUCAGCUCUCGUGAAAGCUGGUCAGGAAUGAAAAUGGUGAGCCGGUCGGGCGCGCGCUACGAGUGCUCGGCCGGCGAGGCGCGCCUGGCCAGUCAAGUAGCUCAGAAAACACCGGACAAGAAGCCCGAGACCCUCACCACCUUACUCUCAGCUCUAGACGGCCAGUGCGCCAAAUUAAGUCAAGGCUGGUGGACGUACGAGUGGUGCCACCGGCGGCACGUGCGGCAGUUCCACGCGCAGGGGUCUAAAAUAGAUCCGGACUGGUCGCUGGGCGGCUAUUCCCGCACCGUGGUGAAGGGCAACCUUGGUCCACAAGACGCACCGGCCGAUCCGGCCCUGGCGCGCGACGUGUUCGACCAGAAGGGCCAGAUCUGCCACGAGACCAACACUUUGAGACAGACAAACGUCACGUUCAAGUGCUGCGAGCCCGACAAACGAAGGCGUCAUAGGACGUACCUGGUGAGCGUCGACGAGACGUCUUUAUGUAAUUAUGAGGUUGUCGUCUGUUCACCUUCGUUGUGUACGCAACCAGAACCACAGAAGAGGAACGCCUCUGCGUCUGAGUUACUAAAAGCUCUGGAUGGCACGUGUUUGCAGCGCCACGAGGGCUGGUGGUCGUUCGAGCUGUGCUACGGGACGCAUGCGCGCCAGUUCCACGUCGAGACCGUCGAAGCUUCUGACGGCCGGAAGAAGGCCAAGGUCGCCGCCGAGUUCUCGCUUGGGGAUAGGAUGGAAAAAAGGCGGAAACCGUCUACAAGUGACGUGGUCGUGGUCGAGGGCGACGAGCCGCGCGUCGAGGUUACUUAUGAAGGUGGUACAGCGUGUGAUGUCGAUGUGGAAGGUGAUGGUGUGAUCAGGAAGCGGUCGACGACGGCGCGGCUCGUUUGCGGCGAGACGAAUGCACUUGUAAGCAUCGUCGAAGACCGGACGUGCCACUACUUAUUCAAGGUGACCACGCCCGUGCUCUGCGGCCAUGCGGCUUUUGUCAAAGAUGAACCGACGCGACCCGUGACUUGCGUCGCGCUGGACCCUGUGGAGGACAGUGAAGAAGAAGAAGUCGAGGAGGAGGACUACUACGACUAUGAGGAUGAUGACGACGAGGAGGAUGAAGAAGAUGAGGAGGACGAGGACCUGCCGGCUGUGCGCGGGCCGCCCGGCCUCAAGGUCGGGGCGAAGAUCGCCGCGCGGUGGAAAGGAGGUUUAGUUUACUACCCGGGCCGCGUCGUCUCGGAUCAUGGGGACGGGUCGUAUGAUAUCGACUACGACGACGGGGACACGGAGGACAACGUGCCGGCCGCGUUGAUAAAGCUGCAGCGCGGGGAGGAAUUGUAAGACUUGUGAUAUAUCUUCUUCUUUCUUAGAUAGCACACAGGGG